AUGACCAUCUGCAGUACAUCUGGCUGGUUUGAGCUUCUGCUAACUUGCCCACGGGACGACGAGACUCUUCUAGGUCUCCCCCCAGGAAUAACCUCGAGCUGUCCUACGACGACGACAGCUACGCCCCGGAGGAUACCCGCCGUCGCGAGCGCGACUGGGAUCGGGACCGGAAUUGGGAUCGUGAGACUGCAGAAUACCGCGCAAGAGACCACGACCGUUACUACCAUGGACCGCCGCGUGAGGCCCACGAGCCACGUCCUCGAUCGGGAGAUCAAGGCGGUGGUCGGGAUGACUAUAUGGAUCGCCGUGAUGAAGACGCUGCGCUACUUCACCCACAUGACGGCGACGACCGCGGAUCACGUCGUUACGAUCGAGAUGGCCGGGGCUACUCUCGCCCUCACUACGACGAUAGCACUCGCCGCGAUGAUGCCCGACGUGGUACUGACGAGGAUCUUCGUCAUUUUUCCGCCUCUCCAGGUGGCAGCCCAGAUCGCCAUCCUCGUCGCGAUCGUUCUACAUCGCCUCUUCGACAAGCUGUCCGAUCUAUCACAAUAUCCAUCUGUCGAUCUUCGCAUCCCCUCAACUGGGCGAGGCAAGCGUCGCGCUUUCGCGCAGUUCGAGAAUGUCGAGCAGGCGGUCGAGUUUGUUAAAGCAAACUACCCUAAGCUUGUUAUCAAUUUCUUUAGCGGGGAGGUUGAUGAUAGCACGGAUGGCAUGACCCUGAUUUACAUCCAUUACGCAAGGAACCGCGAUGACGCUGAGCGGGAAAGUCGCGCUGGAACUGCCGCUAAUUGGAGCUGUCCGACCUGUGACUUUUCAAACUAUGCGACCAGAAGCCGUUGCAAGAACUGCGGCGGUCCGCCCACAGAUCCGUCCCAAUACCGAUUUCUAUUGACUGGCGAGAGCGAUGCAUCCGAUACACCUUCUCAGAUCUUGGUUUUCUUCCCUUUGGCGCCAUCCGUCAACGAGGAUGUGUUCUCGGCGGGAGCUGGAAAACUAGAGCUGGUGCAAAAGCAAGCAGCAGCAAGGAAUUCCGGCGACGGGCCAAAGCUCAAGUCCACUGCCCCGACAGGCGAUGCAUCUGGCUACGGCGCAAGGCCGGGCUCUCUCCACCGCACAUUCUUGAUGCGUGAUCAAGAGACGAACGAGUCAUUCAACUUUGGAUUCGCCGAGUUCUGGACAGUGGAAGAUGCGAUGGCGGCCAUGAAGAAGUUUCAGAUGAUGCGCGAAUUCACGAUUGCCACGAAGCCUGUGACAGUUUCGACCAUCCAUCUGGGCGUCUUCGUGCCAGAACUCAGGGAAGUGACGCGAUUUAACGAGCGUGUCUCGUUCAACCCGCUCUUCAACCCGGCUAUUCGGGUCAAGUACUGGGAGCCCCACGUCUAUCCCAGCCAGAGAGUGAUCACCGAGGUUCCCCCUGGCGGCACCUCUGGAGACGGAGGCAAAGGGGAUGCUGCCGACGAGGCGAAGAAGGGCAAGAAACGCAAGGCGGACGGGAAUCUGCCCGCCUCUUCCACCAAAAAGUCGGUACCGAUGGCUGGACAAAUGGCGUUUUGGCAGAAACGGCAUGUCGAAAUACACGAGGGCAAGCGAGCCGCCGAUGCAGUUGGUGAAAAUGGUCAAUCGGAAGAGCGCGCCCCUGUGAAGAUCUCUCUAUCUGGCGCGAACGCAAUUUCUACCGGCCCUAUCAAGAUUUCUUUGACUGGGGCAAGCCUUCCGAAAGCCCCUGCUCCGACAGCAUCGCCGAAUGGGGCCCCUACUAUUGAGCACUCUCAGACACCCGCGCCUCAGACGGGAACUGCGGCUCCAGACAAGACAUCUACGCCGGAAGCAUCAGUAUCAUACGUGGACCGCGAAAAGAUCUGCUGUUUGAUCUGCAUGAUGAAGUAUAAAUCUCUGGAUGAUCUAAGUACGCAUGAAAAGUCAAGAAAUCACAAGAACGCUACUGCAGAUGAGGAGAAGGUCAAGGCAGCUAAGCCGCGACUAGCUGCCCGCGACAAGAGGAUGGCAAAGCAAGCAGAAGAGCAGCCGGCGGCACCAGCGGCGGACGAGGAAUCAGCACCGCAGUACCGCGACCGCGCCAAGGAGCGAAGAGAGGUGUUUAACCAACCCGCAAAACCAAAGGUACCCGUCCAAGGCGGUAAUAAACCAGCGCGCAAAGACGAUAAGACCGCCAAUCCCCCGGCGGCGGCAUCUAAGGAGAAGACACCUCCGCCGGCGCCUCCGAAAUCCAAGGGCGCGGGGAUGCUGGCCAAGAUGGGCUGGAGCACGGGGCAGGGCUUGGGCGCCAACGGCGACGGCCGCACCGAGGUGAUUGCUACGCACGCGUACCAGGAGGGUGUCGGCCUCGGCGCCGAGGGCGGGAACCUGGGCGACGCGGCGGAGCUCGCGCAGCGCAAGACGACGAACAGUUAUGCCGAGUAUGUGAAUACGGUGCAGGAUCGGGCUAGGGAGCGGUAUAACAAGAUGGGUUGA